AUGGGACGUGCUACGAUAAAAUCUGGAUCAAUCAAUUUAUUAAACACCAUAAUUGGUGCUGGUAUACUUGCCAUGCCAUAUGGAUUGAAAAAUAAUGGAUUAUUAUUUGGUUGUAUAUUAAUUAUAUGGUCAUCAUUAACUUCAUCAAUGGGACUUUAUUUACAAAAUAAAGUGGCUAAAUAUACUGGUCAACGAGGUUCAGUAUCAUAUUUUAGUUUAUCACAAUUGACAUAUCCAAAUUUAAGUAUAUUAUUUGAUAGUGCUAUUCUGAUUAAAUGUUUUGGGGUUGGAGUUAGUUAUCUUGUUGUUAUUGGUGAUUUAAUGCCCAAAAUUGUUGAAAGUCUUGUUGGUGGUGGUAAUAUUAACCUGGAUUCAUUAUUAAUGGCACGUAAUUUUUGGAUCACUAUAUUUAUGAUUGUUAUUGUUACUCCUUUAUCAUAUUUGAAAAAAUUGGAUUCUUUGAAAUAUACUAGUAUAUUGGCAUUAUUUUCUGUUGGUUAUUUAAUUUGUCUUGUUGUUGCCCAUUAUUUUACAACCCCCACCACAUCACCAUCAGGAGGAGGAGGAGGAGACGACGACGACAUAGUUUAUCAUUAUAUUGGACCAAUAUCUUUAAAGUCAACAUUAAGUUCAUUCCCAAUAUUUGUUUUCGCUUAUACUUGUCAUCAAAAUAUGUUUGCCAUAAUAAAUGAAUUAAAACCAAGUGAUACCGAUGGUUCACAAACUAGACAAUCAAAUUUAAUCAUUCGUAAUGCAAUCUCAAUUGCUUGUUUAUCUUAUUUAAUCGUUGGUAUAUUUGGUUAUUUAACAUUUGGUAAUUCCGUAAAUGCCAAUAUUAUCACUAUGUAUCCUCAUAAUUCAAUUUCUUCAUUGAUUGGAAGAUUAUGUAUUGUGGUUAUGGUAAGUUUAUCAUUCCCUUUACAAUGUCAUCCUUGUCGUGGUUCAAUUAAUCAUGUGAUACAUUUUUGCACCCAUGGAGUACAACAAUCCAAGUUUAGAUCCACCACCACCACCAACAACAACAACAAUGGCGAUCAACAUGGAUAUACUUCUUUGAGUUCUGAUAUUGAAAGUUUACAAAGUAUUGGUGGUAAUGAUACAACUGCGGGUAGUAUUGGUAGUAUUGGUGGUGGUGAUAGUGUUGUUGGUGAUGCUGAUGAAUCAUUUAUAUCUACUACCCCAGUAGAAGGAGCUCAAGAUACUGAUGGUCAUGAUCCAAUCAUUGUCCCCAUGACCACGAAAAAAUUUUAUAUAAUCACCACUGUGAUUGUAGUAUUAUCUUAUCUUGUGGCAAUUUCUGUGACUUCAUUAGCUCAUGUUUUGGCAUUUGUUGGUUCCACUGGUUCAACAUCAAUUUCAUUUAUAUUACCUGGGUUAUUUGGAUAUUUAUUAAUUAAACCUAUCGAAGGUAAUACUUCAUUAAAUAAUUUAGAAAAAUUUUGUAAAUAUGGUGGAUUAUUUUUAGCAAUUUGGGGGAUUUUAGUUAUGAUCGUUUGUUUAAGUGCUACAAUCUUUUUAGGUGCUACUCAUUAA